GGAUGAGGUGUGGAGGCUGUGAGUGACUCUUUCCUCAACCCCGUUGCUGUUGUUGUUUCUGUUGCGGUUGCUGUUGCUCAUUCCAUGGAUCCCCAGAUCACACGGGCCUCCCGGACAAGCAUCCGCGCUUGCUUCACCUUGAGGUCAAGCUACCAGAAGCUCCCUCCCGCCUUCCCCCUCCUCUAGCUUAUCUUGCCUUACCUGCCCGAUGUCUCAGUCAUAGGUACUUGGAAUACAUACAUAAACCCUCCUUCCCUCCCUCCAAAUGAACGAUCCAAUUGCUUCCACUUAUACCUGUGCCUGCCUGUAUCAUCUAUCCAUUGCAUCCGUGGACCCUCCACUCUUCUCAUCGCCUGAUUAGACUUGGUCACCACUAUCCGUACACUACCUUGCCUUACCAACCACACUCCAUCAGAUCCAUACUACUACGCCAAACGUAUAAGUAGCUGGACACCGCCAACACCUUGCUACCACCACAACAAACCUUUGCCAUCUUGUCACAUCCAACUCUAUCACAAUGCCUAGAAUCACCGCUCCCGUCUCAAAGCUCACUCGCUCUCUGGCCGAGUCUCAACGCCAUGCCGGUAUCGCUCUCAUGCCCAAGUAUGCCGAGCUCCUUGGAGCUUCUUCAGAGCAGUCUCAGCACUCUGAAUCCCGUGGUCUAAAGACUACCCACCGCCCUACUCCUCAGCCAUCUCUUUCUGGUCGCCGAAGGCCAUUGAUGCAGAGCUUCCAUUCCUCAACACCUUCUCGUGCUCCUGUCAACCAUGUCGACAGCACAGUCUUGCCCAAGAUUCACGCUACCCCCAACUUCAACGAGCCUCUCCCUCGUAUGCCUCUUCUCCCUGACAACUAUGGCGCCUACCACAGCUCAAUGUCCGAUGCCGCCGACUUGUAUAGCAAGCGGCCCGUCAUCUUUGCUGUCGACCCUGAUGUCGUCGUUCCUGGUGCUCCCAUGGCUACUAUGGAUGCCGUGAACAUGGACAGCGUCGACGUCAAGUUUGUUCAUGAGCAGCCUGCUCAGGAGACAAAGCCAGACGACUCUGACAGAAGUACCUUUCUCAAAGACGUCUUCGGCGGAAUGAUCCAGGAUAUUCUUCCUGGACGCACGCUCAGCAAAAACUAAGAAUCAAGUGAAAAUACGAAAGGGACGAUAAGGCGGGGUCUGGUUAUGCCAGCUACUCAUAAAGAGAGCUGAUGAUAUAUUAAGCGUUUUAAUCUGUUUAUGCGAAGCAAGGUGCGGUUGCAUCAAUUAAUGGCCCGCUACAAGAGGCUCCUGUGGCUAAGAACCAUCCUUUUUUUUAUACAUCGAUACACAAUGAUAAAGUGAAAGCCCAGGUGGCAGACUGUCAUCAAUACCAAUCCUUUGCUAUCCUUGCAACUCAAGCUUUAUAACUGGUGAAUAAUGGCUGCCAGAUCGUCAACGUAUUUGUCCGCAAGCUUAUGGGCUCAUCUCACUGCGUUGCCAUAUGAUGACAUGUGUGAAGCUGAAUGCCAUUGGAUACUAUGCCAGGUUUGUGUUGAUGUUUUAUUGCAUCUAUGGUAUCAUCUCUCGUAAAACACCACCACCUGGAUUGCCUUGCUCUUUUUGGUCCAAACUCAACAUUCCAUCCUUUUCGGCCCUUUCCUAUCAAUCUUGGAGUCUUCACCAAUUGUGGUACAGUACAUAAUCGCAACUAACUAUUAAUCGACCAACGAAAUCCAUUCCCUCCUCUACAGCCCGUCCUCUUGAUAUUCGUGUGAUCCUUUAUCGCUUCUUGAGUGAUGGCCUGGGCUUGCACUCGUCCUGGUUGACAGGGUGCAACAUCACCUUGAUAGGGUAGUUCUGAGUAUUGUGCUGGUAGCCCUUGGCCCAGUCGUAGCCUACAGCGUAGGCGAAGAUGGAACCAUUUUUGUUGAAGGUUGUGGAAGUGAUGCUGCCACCAACAUUAGGGUAGCCCUUGAGACGGUGCUUGGCGUCCUUGUCCCAGAAGUGGAAUGUGCCAUCGGAACCAGCAGUGCUGAAUGUGCCAUGAACGGGGUGGAAAGAAAUAUCGUUGACGGCAUAGACAUUUGUGACGCUGUUGGCGGGGGGGUCGCGAUGACACUUGAAAGAGAAGUUGGAGCUGCAAUAUGUUAGUCUAAGCAUGUCAAGAAAGGCAGAUCCGAGAGGCUUCUUACCUGGAGUCCUUAUCUUCGACGUAUUGGAUAGCGCAACGACCCUCGAUACUACCGAUAGCAAAACCAGCAGAGUCAGUAAAGCAACUAACCACCCUGGUCUGCCACUUGAGAGGGCUCUGCAGGGUUUUAUAGAAUUUGGUAGGGUUCUUGAGAUCAAUAACAUUGAUGUAUCGAUCGGCGGUGCCGACAACGCAGAGAUUAUCGCGGACGUCCAUCGUAUAAACUCGCUCCUGGCAUUGUACGGUUGCCGCAGGUCCCUGUUGUCUAAGAUCCCAGUACUUGAUCGUCUUAUCCCACGAGCCCGAGACCACCAUGGGGUUACCAUCGUUCAUGAAAAAUCGACAUGUUCGCACUGGCUGGUCGUGUGUGCCAAUAACGGCGUCCUGCUGGGAGGCAAGAUCGCAGACCUUGACAUUCUUGUCAGCGCCAGCAGAGGCGACUUUUGUUCCAUCCUAGAAACCUAGUCAGUUGCCAUUUCGUUUCGCUCGAUCAUUAUAUCUUCGUACCUUGGAGAAGUCGCAGUUCAACACAGGUUGGCUGUGCUCGUAGGCGUGUCGGCCCUGACUCUGGCCAUUGGCAGCAAUCUCGUAAAUGCGAACCUUGUUAUCCCAACUGGAGAUGGCGAGGAAGUCAGGCCCGUUUGGCGCAGGGGAGAAGGAAAGGUCGGAGAUGGUAUCAGUAGGGGGGUCUGAGAGUGCGACGUCUUGCUUAAGGUCACCGACGGUGUUGCUUGUCGUUGAUGCAGCUGAAGCACCGCCAAAAAGGGUCGACAUGAUCGCGGUGUGCCGAAGGAGAGAAAGUUGAAAGCCAGUCGGUG